AAUAAAUAAAUAUAAAAAUGCAUACUCAAGAACUUAAUAUGGCAUUGACUUUCUAUUUUUUGCUGGAGGGAGAACUAAAAAACUUUCUCUUUCAAACUAAAACGUAAUCUUACGUCAAGUUCAGGCCGUUAGUAUUGAAAUUGACUCCAGUGAAAGUAAAAGUACUGUGUAAAAGUUCAAAAAGAAAUAAUGAAAUUUUUAAUAUAUUUGGUUGCUUUUAUGGUUGUUGUGCAAUUUGCGGUUGCAACUUUAACGCCAAAAGCACCUAAUUUUCAAUAUUUUGAAAGACCGAAAUAUAGAUACCCUUAUUACGAUAAAAAUGGUGUAGGAAGACUUUUGUAUGGAUAUGGAGAUAAUAAGUUGUAUCAAUACAAGACGUUUACGCCAUUAGAAGGAAUACAUUAGAAAAUUUUAAAUAAUUAUUAAAUUUAUUAUCGAAAGUUUCAACAAUAAAAAUAAUUUAAUAGAAAUUAA